UUCCAGCGUACGUUACCCCGCGUUCCCCCGCCGCCCCCAACUUCGUCUGUCGGUCAUCUCCGCCCACCACCACUGUUCGGCGCCAUCUCAGUUACAGCUACCGCUGUCGUCGCCAUCUCGACUCCAGCUUCUCCAUACACAGCCUCGGUGAGCCUCUGAGAAUCUGCAAGAAUUAUCUUGAAAAAAUCUGGAGCUUUUACUGCAACUGCUGGACUUUGAUCGUCUCUCUGGCCUUGAGAAGCCAUAGUUAAACCUGAAGAUUUCCAAAGUAAGGAUCAGAAUACGUGUAAAAACAGCUCAUAUUAACAGUGCCUGCAUGCUGGGUGGUUGUGCUCAAUAAAGUCUCUGUACAGAGCAACCCACGUGGUGCUUGGGAGGCCCGCCGACCCUGCAAACAAGAUAUACCCUGCAUUGCCCAGGAGAUUCAUCUGGCCUCUGCCAUCUCCACUGUAAUUUUGGCAGUGCUUGGAGAUUUUGGCCAUCUCUUGAACAGACCUUGGUUUGGCACGUUGUAGAGCAAACAUCGUUACAAAUACAACAUGCCCAAACAGAAGAAAGCGACAACCACCAACAAUUGCAAGCAUCGUAGCUCCGUCCGCAAAUUUCAGUGUAAAUGGCGUCCCCGCCAUACCUCGGCCACCACGGAUCCAAAGAUGCGCUUGUACCAGCGUUACCACUUACGGUCAUCCUCUUGUGUUCCCCAUCGGCAGCGAUACUCCUUACGCUCAUCUGCUAGACAUCAGCCGUAUCAACAGCUAUUUGAAAUUGAUGACCCCGAAGAUACGAGCCGGGAUAAUGUGCUUUGGGGCGAUGCCAUGGAGGAGAUAUUCAUCGACAUGCUCUACCAGGACGCCCUUCAAGGUAGAUUAAAGGGCGGAAAGAUAACGUUUAGAGAGCAUGGAGUUUAUGCUCAGCGACUCACUGCUGUUGGGAAGAAAGUGUUUGACGGGAACCAGGUUCGUGGAAAAUUGACGAGGUUGAAGGGGAUGCAGCGCUUGUUUACCGAUUUGUUGAGCCAAACUGGUAUGGGUUGGGAUCCCGACACAAAGACAGUUGUCGCGAGUGACGAGUGCUGGGAGAAUGCCAUUAGGGUUAAAUCGAAAUGGGGGAGGUUUCGUACUUUUGGCUGCCCAAAGUACGAGGAGCUGUGCACUAUAUUUGGCGCUUCCGUUGCAUACGGGACUAUGCAACACGCAUCAACACAGCUACCCGCAGAUAGCGACGACGAGCGGCACCUGGAUGAGGAGAUGCGAGCUCGACGCCCUCCCGCACUAGGCCAUCGACAGGGAUUGCCCAUUGGCAAUGAUGACUUUAUUGACUUGAUGGGGAUCGGGUCACCUGCAGUCGAUGCAGUGACUGGAUCAUCAAGUAGGCCGAAGACAAGAAAGAAGAGCGAUUUUGAGGUGCAGCUUUCAGAGGCCGUGGAGGAGGUCAAACUGACGCAGAGAGCGAGGCGUAAACGAUAUGAGGAUCAAGAAGUUGUGGCAUCAUCGAAGCGCAGCAAAGAGUCACAACUUAGUGAUGGGACCAAUGGGGGGUAUGAUCCGAUUAAUCAUUGUGCGACAUUGCUAAGCGAGCUUUCCCCAAGGUUGGAGCCAUCCCAACUUGUUCGCGCAAUUAAGGAAUUACUAAACCCAGAUAUGCGACAGUUUUUCUUGUCCUUGGAUGCUGCAAGGAGGGACGAUUGGGCCCGUAAUUGUUAAAGUAGGCUCAUUUUUAAUUCUUAGGCUAUAUUUUCGAUGGCAUUGUCACCCUUUAUUUUUCACGUGACUAUUUGUAUUCCUUUGAUGCGUUUAUAAACAGCUACUUUUCCAAUGUGGGUUGUCUGUUUGAUUUGUUGUAAUCUCAUUGAAAAGAGGACGGAUUAUGGAGGACCUGUUUUAGGCUCUGUUCGGGUUCUGUAUGAUUAUAUUGGAUUAUGUUUAAUAUAUUAUAUGAUUAUCGUAGUACCUCUUUAUUAUUUUGUUAACUUGUG